AUGACGACCCAUGAACGCCGAGCGAUACGAGGCACUGUGGGACGAGGUCGACAAGCUGAUAAGGAACAACUUCAUCCGAGAGGUCCUGUACCCCAGGUGGUCUCGAACCCCGUAUUAGUAAAGAAGCCGAACGGGGACUGGAGGACAUGUGUCGACUUCAGUGACCUGAAUAAAGCAUGUCCCAAGGAUAGCUUCCCGCUUCCCCAAAUCGAUCAGCUGGUCGACGCUACGGCGGGACACGACCUGCUGAGCUUCAUGGACGCGUACUCAGGUUACAACCAGAUACCAAUGCUCGACUGCGAUGAAGAGCACACGGCGUUCGUCACCGACAGAGGCCUCUACUGCUACAAGGUGAUGCCCUUCGGUCUCAAAAAUGCUGGGGCAACCUAUCAACGCCUCGUCAACAAGAUGUUCACGGGGCAAAUAGGAAAGUCAAUGGAGGUUUAUGUGGACGACAUGCUAGUAAAGAGCAAGAAGACCGAGGACCAUGUGGAGGACCUUAGGAGGAUGUUUGGCGUACUCAGAGCGUACAAAAUGAAGGUAAACCCCCGUAAGUGUGCCUUCGGCAUAGCCUCUGGGAAAUUCUUGGGUUUCAUGGUGAGCAGUCCAGGAAUCGAGGUGAAUCCGGAAAAGAUUCAUGCCCUCCUCGACAUGGAAUCGCCAAGGAAGCCCAAGGAGGUCCAGAAGCUGACAGGCUGUGUGGCCGCGCUAAACCGGUUUAUUUCAAAAUCUACAGAUAAGUGCGUACCAUUUUUUGACACCCUGAGGGGCAACAAGCCAUUCGUGUGGACGGAAGAGUGCGAACAGGCGUUCCAACAACUGAAAGAACACCUCGGGAAACCCCCUCUGCUGUCCAAGCCAACGACCGGAGAGGUGCUGAGCCUUUACCUGGCGGUCUCGGAAGACACUGUUAGCUCGGUGUUGAUCCGCGAAGAAAAGAAGGUGCAGAUGCCGGUGUAUUACACUAGCAAGCGCUUCCUUGAUGCGGAGACGAGGCAGGUGCUACAAAAACCCGACACCUCCGGUCGGCUCUUGAAAUGGUCCAUAGAGCUCAGCCAGUUCGACAUCAACUACAAACCACAGAAUGCCAUCAAGGGCCAAGCCCUGGUGGACUUUGUGGCAGAGUUCACAGGGUUACUGGACGACGCCGAGGAAGUGAACGAGACGCCGCGGUGGAAGCUCUACGUUGAUGGGAGCUCCAACGACAACGGCAGCGGGGCAGGGCUAGUAUUACAUACACCUGAGGGACACAAGAUCACCUCCGCCAUCAGGUUUGACUUUCCCGCCUCUAAUAACGAAGCCGAGUACGAGGCGUUGCUGGCUGGACUCCGGUUGGCGGAGCACCUAAAAGCGGGAAACCUAGACAUCUUCAGUGACUCACAACUCAUUGUGAAUCAAGUGAAAGGCCAAUAUCAGACCCGGGAUGAGAAGAUGGCCGCGUACCUGAAGAAGGUCAAGGAAGCCCUAGGAAGGCUCGCAACCUAUGAUAUACAGCAAGUGCCGAGAGCAGAGAAUAGCAACGCCGACGCUCUCGCCAAGUUGGCAACGUCGAGAGAUGCCGAGCUCCUGAAACUGGUUCCCAUGGAGGUCUUGAAAGCCCCAACCACGGAAAGGAGGCCCGAGGUCGCGCCGGUGGACUACCAACCGGGUUGGAUGGACCCAAUCACCAGGUACUUAGCCCACGGUGAACUCCUGGAGGACAAACAGGAAGCAAAAAGGGGGGGGUACAAGUUCGCUAUUGUCGCCGUCGACUACUUCACGAAGUGGGUAGAGGCCGAGCCAUUAACGACCAUCUUGGAAGAGAAGUGUACGAACUUCAUAUGGAACAACAUAGUUUACAGGUUUGGUGUGCCGCAUUCUCUCGUGUCUGACAACGGGAAGCAAUUCAACAACGACAACACCCGCCAAUUUUAUGAACUACUAGGGAUCCACAAGAAUUUCUCUUCCGUUGUAUACCCCCAGUCCAAUGGGCAAGUUGAGGCAGUCAACAAGAUAAUUAAAGUCACGCUCAAACGACGCCUCGACGCCCACAAAGGGAAAUGGGCAGACGAGUUGCCGAAGGUGCUGUGGGCCUACAGAACAACGAGUAGAACUACUACGGGAGAAACGCCCUUCUCGAUGGCAUAUGGGGUCGAGGCAGUACUUCCAGUCGAGGUGUCCAUCCCGACCAACCGGAUAACCCGGUAUGAGGAGGGGAGGAACGCCGAGCUGAUGGACUUGGAGCUCGACCUCCUGGAGGAACGGCGCAUAGACGCGGAGCUAAGGCUCGCCGCUUACCGGGCAAGAACUGCUAGAUAUUAUAACAAGAAGGUCAGGCAAAAGCACUUCGUGGUCGGUGACCUGGUCUUAAGGGUAGUAACCCCCAACACCAAACCCAGGAACUCCGGAACCUUGGGCCCAACCUAG